AUGAUCUCCAAAUUAGUUUUAUCAGCUUUUGCUCUCUCAGCCGUUGCUACUGCAGCAGGCGCUCCAGUUUCCACUGAUUCUCCAAAAGAUACCUUAUUCAUUGCCAAAUUCAAUCAAGAAAAUACCAAUAUUGAAGGUGAAAUUACUUUCCAAUCAGAUAAUGGAUCAGUAUUGGUUAAAGUUGAUUUAGAAGAGUUACCAAAAGUUGGUGGACCAUUCCCUUACCAUAUUCAUCAAUUCCCAGUCCCAUCGGAUGGAAACUGUACUGGUACUGGCGGUCAUUUGAAUCCAUUCAAUGGAACGACUAAUGCAACUACUUCUGCCGGUAAAGAAGUUGGUGAUUUAGCUGGUAAGCAUGGAAAUAUCACUUCCAACCCAUUUACCGCUCAAUAUCUUGAUGAUUAUAUUUCAUUGAAUCCAAAGAAUCCAGCUUUCAUUGGUGGGUUAUCUGUGGUUAUUCAUGAUCGUGACAACAAAAGAUUGGCCUGUGCUAACAUUACUGCAGUUAACGACAAUCAACAAAAUGUAACGUCUUCUGUUCUCCCAGGUGCUGCAAACUUAGUUUCUACCAAUGGUUUAGUGAUGGGUGCCGCUGUUGGUGUUGCCGCUUUGUUGAUCUAA